GCAUGAAACGUGCGGUACUGGAUGAAAUAUCAAAGAAAGUUGGAGCGUUUUCAGCUGGCACAGAGGGCAAUUACUCUCAUUCUCUUGCGGGAACGUUGCCUUGCAGUGAUAUGGCGGGAAAAGUAUCUCCUGCCAUAGCGGCAAUAGUUUCUCACUUUCUACAGCGGGAUGGAUGGGAAACAAAGGUUCACAACGCUCUGUUUCUUGAAACUUGCCGCAAACCGAGGGAUUCACGUGAUGAGGAGCUACAAUUCAUGAAAGACGCAUUAGCUGCUUGGACGAAGAGAAUCCUUAGGAGCAUUAAUGCAAUGUGUACAGAACUCAGUCUACCGCUAGCAAGGAAGAGAAGCAGCCAGCAGGCUGUAUUGUAUGCUGCUAAAUGGGACACUCUAGGCACAGAAUGUGGGAGUUUGAAACCAGGGUUAAAGCCCGUAUAUUCACCUAAAGAUUUUUAUGACGUCAUAACUAAUAUUAAGAAUCCUAAUUUGUGUGUUGAUCGGGGUACUUCUGCAUAUUGGGGCAUGAUUCCUGUUGAAGUUGAUGUAAAGGCAAUCAAUGAGUUACAGCAGAUGUUCAAAGAACUCGAUCCUAGUAGAUAUCAACAUCUUGGAAUUGAUGAUUAUGUAAUGAGUGAGUUUGAAAAUGAGCACCAGGCUUUGGGGCAGAGAGUUCUGAGGAGUGGAAGUGUAGCAGCUGCUCGACAGUAUGUGAAGUUUGGUUGUCCAAUGGGGCUAAGAGGCAAAUUAUGGUCAAUGGCAUUAGGAGUUGUAUUUGAUGAUUUCCAGUUGUCAUAUUUUGAUCAGUUAAGAAGUUCUGUCAUAGAGUAUGACCUUCUGAUGGACUGCAUUAUGAUGCAGGACAUUAGAAUGACAUCUGCCAAUGAUGAACAUUUCUUUGUAUUUGAAGAUGUUUUGCAUCAAGUUGUUCUUGCUCUCUUGCGUGAUGUUCAUUUGACUGACUGCAAACAACAAACAACACGUUUAAAGUCAUACAUUCGAGGUCAUCUUGGAAGUACUGAUUUUAUGGUGACUUACCCACCUAGUGGUGUUGUUCCAUUUUACGGCUUCUCUUUAUAUGUUACUCCAUUUUGUUAUUUGUUUAAAUCAUCACCAGAAAUUUACCUUUGCUUUAGUGCAUUUUAUCAAAAUCAUCUUCAUCGUCUACACAACAUUUCAUCCCACUGUGAGUCAAUUGUUAGCUUGUCUCGUCAGUUUGAAGAUCUUCUCCAGAGUGAGAAUUGGCCUCUGUUUCAACAUCUUGUGAGUGUAGGUGUGCAGCCACUUAAACUAGUCUUCAAUUGGUUGAUGCAAGCAUUUGCCGGUCUUCUUGAUUCAUUUCAAACAUUUCUACUGUGGGAUCGUAUUAUUGGGUUUGAUUCUCUUCUCUUGCUGCCUUUGUUGGCUGUAGGGAUAUUAUCAUUUAGAAAAGAGAGUCUAAUGCAAGUAACAAGUGUGGCCCAGGCAGAAGCUGUUUUGUCAGACAUUGGGUUUGUCCAAGUCAUCCCUCUAAUUCAGCUUGCUUUGUUUGGGCGAGUCAGUGAUGGAUAACAAACAUGUGUUUGGUAGUCUGGUCUGUUGUGUAAUAACAUUCAAGAAAACUAGCAGUCUGGGGAUGGAUGGCAGUAGGGAGGGAUGGUGUAGCUGUACGCUUUCAUUAGUUUUUUUUUGUAAUGGAAUAUUCCUCAGUUAUGUUUUAUAAUUAUCAUGAUGUACUGUUUAGUUUUGUAUUAACACUUUGCCAGCUAAACAAUUGCUGUAUAGGUAUGUCUGUCUAGUACAUGCAGUGAGCUGGUACAGAGUGUAGACAAUCUGUAGUCUUGUAGAGUUACUGUUGUAGACCAGAUUAUCACACAAUCAGCA